GCUCCGAGCGCUGGACGACCCGGUGCCAGCCGACUCUGGCCUCUUCACUCAUGGCUUCUCCCAGCAAGGCAGUGAUUGUUCCCGGGAACGGAGGCGGGGAUGUGGCCACGCACGGCUGGUAUGGCUGGGUGAAAAAGGAGCUGGGGCAGAUACCUGGUUUCCAGUGUUUGGCUAAAAACAUGCCUGACCCAAUUACAGCUCGAGAGAGCAUCUGGCUGCCCUUCAUGGAGACGGAGCUGCACUGUGAUGAAAAGACCAUCAUCAUAGGCCACAGUUCCGGAGCCAUUGCAGCCAUGAGGUAUGCAGAAACACAUAGAGUAUAUGCUAUUAUAUUAGUGUCUGCAUAUACAUCAGACUUGGGGGAUGAAAAUGAGCGUGCAAGUGGAUACUUCAGCCGCCCCUGGCAGUGGGAGAAGAUAAAGGCUAAUUGCUGUCACAUUGUGCAAUUUGGUUCCACUGACGACCCUUUCCUUCCCUGGAAGGAACAACAAGAAGUGGCUGAUAGGUUGGAAGCCAAAUUGUACAAAUUCACUGACCGUGGCCACUUUCAGAACACAGAGUUUCACGAACUGAUUAGCGUGGUAAAGUCUAUGCUGAAAGUACUAGCAUAGACAGGAUGAUUCCUGCUGUUUUGCAUCCCAGUAUAGGGGCAGAGUAAUAUUAUCUAUUAUCAGACAAUUACUAGACAUAUAAAACAUCCAGUUAAGUUCCAAAAGUGUCUGAAAAACAAACACGUUUCAACAUUCAAACUAAGUUUUAGAAAUACCAUUUCCAUUUUCCAAAGAAUCUAAAUCUCUCCAUAUUGCUAUGAAGUACAGUAGUAUUCUUCUCAUUUGAUAAGGGACAUAAAGACAGCUUAAUCACCCUUAUUUAUCCAAAACAAUUAAGUCAGAAAUGGAACCCAGGUUUCCUGAUUCCCAGUCCAGAUUAAAACUAAAUAGGCUUUCAUGUAUGUUGUAGGAGUUAUACUCUUUUCCUCUUGAAAUAAAAUUUUCUAUUUUACUGGGGAAAGAAAACAUGACUAAAGGUCCAGAGUAUUGGCUUAGAGCUCAAAACACUAGCUGGCCCAGCAUAUUAAACCCAGUCUAGGGCCUUCACCUUUGAUACCUUGCUCCCCAGUCCUUCAAACAUGUUGAGAGAGAAUGAUACAUAAGUAUGCUAAGUUACUGGUGUGCCAGGGUCAGGCAGGGAACAGAAGCACAGUGACUAGAUUUGUGUAAGACGAGAGUGGUGGGGAUCAGGCCAUAUGGAGAGCUCAUGCCCUGUCUAAAUUGUUGCCAUGUGGAAAUGUGGCAAGGUGUCGAUUUUCUGAUAUUUCAAGGGAAAAAUCUACAUAUAGUGGUUUUUAAAUUCAGGGUAUAUGUAUGUAUAUACAGUCCAUAUAUAUAUGAAUUAUGUCCAGUCUAUAUAGGUAUGGAUUAUGUUAGUUGGCAACAACAGUGUAAAUCAAAAAAUUUACAAGCACUGCAAGACAGACAAAAAUCCAAGCCAUCCACUUGUGACCUUAUCCACAGGCAUUAACUUAGCCUGCUGCUUUUAGACAAGUCUCUAUAAAGCCCAAGAAAAGCUUGAGAUAAGCAAAAUGAACAUAAUGUCAAAGGAUGAAAUCAUGGGAACAAUUUGGAUUUUGUUAGAAACUUUUAAAUAUUUAAAAAAAUAACCUUUCCAUACUUCAAAUUUUGUUUUGUGGAGUUCAACCUUUUAACUUCCAGUGUCCUUAGGAUCUCUUUCAAGCAUCAUUCCAAGAUUUUUCUUCUGAUCAAACUCCCUCAAAAAAACCCUUUUUCAUUAUCCAACACUUUUUAGUUAUUAUGAUCCCUAAGUAUUGGCUCAAACAGUUUCCAGGGAAUUCACACUUGAUGUUGCAGAACUGAAUUUGCUGCAGAAAUGUGAUUUCCCACAUUGUUUAUGCCUAAAGGGGAUUCAGAGCCAUCAUUUUAACCUGAUAAGUCUUUUGGUUUCUAAGUGUGCUUAGACAAAGAAAAAAGUCAGGAAAGAUUCUCUAAACUUUUCAUAGCAAUUAUCUUCGGGGAAUAGGAAUUUUGGUAGUUACAGUUGUGGUGGACGUCCCCAUUGUGUUUUAUAUAUCCACCUGGGGAUUAUUUGAAUUUAUUACAUGGAAUGUGUAUUACUUCUCUAAUUAAAAAUAAGAUUUAAAACAACUUAUUUGACAAGUUAGUAAAAACCAACCUUUGACCUUGGUGUUAUCAACACCACACUCUAACCAAGAAAAAGCAAAUUAGAUAAAUCAGUUGAAUAGUAAUGUUCUUAAAGAGGCUAUUUAGCACUGAUUUGACCAAACCUAUAAUCAAAGUUGGAUUCUACUUGAAUUAUUUAGAAUUAGUAACUCCAUUACUGUUUCCUGAAGUUCUUUCUUAAAAAAAAAUACAAGCUUAUACAAAUAACAGCUGUUCACAAUACUUUCUUGUCCUCUUUCUCCAUAGGGAAAAAAAACCAAAUAUAUGCAACUGAGAAUAAUUAAUUCUGGUAUGGUUCAUCUUAUAAAGAGAAUUACAAUAGACCAAUAUGAUUGUCAAGUUGUACUGCCCAGUGUGGUAACCAGUAGCCACAAGUAGCUAUAAAAUUAAAAAUUCAGUUCUUCAGUCACACUAGCCAUAUUUCAAGUGCUCAGAAGCCACCUAUGGCAAGUGGUACCUUAUUAGACAGCAGAUAUAGAAUAUGUCCGUCAUUAUAGAAAGUUCUUUUGGACAGCACUGGUCUAGGGCACAUAUUUUAUAUUCUCUUACCCACCAUCCAAUAAUGAAUAAUAGUUCAAAGUAAGAGCAACUCAACUUCAAAUUACUUGUUUGACUAGUUUGCUUAGCUGAACACCAUCAAAAUCAUGGGUCUAUAAAAUUUACUCACUGCUAAACCAAGAUCAAAGGAAUUUCAUGUGAGAAUCCACAUAAGUAUUCUUUAAAAACCGUAGAACCAUGGACUCUCAUGAUUUCUGUUUGAUUCUGUAUGGAUCAUUAUCAAUCAUUGAAAGGCCUUAGACUCUGGGAAGUAUCUAUUCUUAGGUGAACAAAACAUCUAAUACUAAAUAGGAAUCAAAUAUAAGUAUUAGGACUUCAUUCACAAUUUGAUUUAUUGGCGUUGUCAUCAGUUUGGAGCCCCACAGUUUGUUUUGAGUCAGUUUAUCCCUGUAGGAUAAAUAAUGAAUUUAACUAUGUAUCAGAGGUGCCAUUAUAUAUAUAUAUAUAUUUUUUUUCAAACAUUCCUUUAUUCCA